UUUGAAUUUACACCAAGUAAACACAGCGCGGAUACAUGCUGCUCGUGUUCACCAAGAUUUUAAAAAAUGGGAGUGAAAGGUCUUCAAAACUUUAUGGAGCGAUGCUGUCCAGAAGCCUGUGUGACUGUGAACCUGAGAGAAAUGGCCAGACAACAUGUUAACAAGAGCCAGCAAGGCCCCACACUGGUUGUGGACGGUAUGGCCUGCCUACGCCACUGGUACUCGUGUAAGGACUGGGUUUGUGGGGGGCAGUGGAGGGAGUACAUGGAUGUGCUAAAGAGCUGGGUGGAGGCCUUCACCUCAGCAGGCAUCAGACUGGUGUUCUUCUUUGACGGGGUGGUGGAGGAAAAGAAGAGACAGGAGUGGGUGAAGAGGAGGCACAGAGUGAACAGGGAGAUUUCUAAAAUGUUUCGUCAUAUAAAGGCACACGGAGAGCAACCUGGUAGAGAGCUUUUUUGUCUGCCUUCUGGUCUGGCAUCAUUCACACGCUUUGCUCUCAGGUCACUGGGUCAAGAAGUGUUUUGCUCAGUGCAGGAAGCUGACUAUGAGAUCGCCAGCUACGCUCGUCAGCAUGGUAGUUUUGGCAUUCUGGGACAGGACUCAGACUUCAUCAUAUACGACAGUGCCCCCUACUAUUCUGUGGUGAAGCUGCGGAAAGACAGCCUCACCACUGUCCUGUACGACAGACAGAGACUCUGCCAAACCAUUGGACUGGCUGUUACCCAGCUACCGCUGCUGGCCUGUCUGCUAGGUAAUGAUGUGGUGUCAGAGGAGCAGAUGCAGCACAUCAGGAACAACGCCAUUGCCACUUACAGGAUAAACAAUCCUGCACCGCACUCUGGUGCACCUCAGGGGCAGAUGGUGCUAGCUGUAUCCCACCUCGUGAGCUCCUUGUGGGGCAGAGAGGAGCAACAGACUGGACUCAUCCCUCAGUCUCUGGAUCUGUCAGUUCCUCAGAGAGAGCUGCUGCAGAGAGGCGUUUGCUCCUACUUACUGCCUGGACAGAAAGCUCUUACGCCAAGUGAAAUCUCUGCACGUCCCUCUGCCUUCGAGAAACAUGUUAGUCCAGAAAUAUUACAGGCCUGCAUAGAGAAGCAUGUAGCAGCAGAGGGUUUCAUGGUUUACAAUGUUUUGUGUGAGGGAGUCAAUGAAUGUAGUAACACUUUGGAGGACGAGGACGACGCCGAGUUGCUGCCUCAGGCCCUCGUCUACAAGCCCUGCAGACAACAAAUCUAUGGGCUGCUGCUGCUGCAGGGGCAUGAUGGCAGCAAUUUUGACCUUCCAGCGAUGAGGGAAUGGUUUGUCUACCCUGGAAACCCUCUGAGGGAACCUGACAUGGUCCACCCUGUCCCAGUCAGCCUCCCAGGUGAUCGGCCCAGUCUGGACUUGCUUUGGUUCGGCUCUGGUCCUGAAGUUUCUGCUCUUCGCAUGACGUCCUUCCUUUCGAUUUUUGAUUGCCAAGAGUUCUCCGAGUUGCAUGGAGCUAUUGAAGACUCUCUGCUGGCAGCUGUCUGCCUCGUCACUUACAUAGUCCUCCAGGUACAAACUUUGUCUCAAGAGGACUCGGAUGCGUACCUGAGUCAAGCUGUGUGUCUGAGACUAAAAUCCGCUGAGGAGCUCCAACGGAUCAAGCUGCCUUUCCUGUCCAGUCGUGCGGUGCAGCUGGGAUCUCUCUACGUCCGAGGACUCGGCCACCUGCUGGGUGCCAACUGUGCCAGUGGCUGCCCGCUGCCCAGCGCUGCCCUGAUGCCUUGGCACAGCUUCGAUGGACGGCUGUUCCACUCAAAGUACCUGCUGGCACAUAGCGGCACAGAGAAGACUGUGUUGCUGGACGGUGAUCCGUCCUGUCUGUCUCUGUUUCUCCGCCUGAGAGAGAAACUUACAGAAGCCUGCAGGAAGCGAGGCAGAGUACUGCAGUCCAGACCCCAUAAACCAGAACAUAAAACCACACCAGGACCCAGAUACAGAGAAAGACACACAGGUCGGCCUCCAGCUGGUGAUGAGAACUGGAGAGAAAGAGGAGAGACAACAGGAGGCCAUCGACGUGGCGGAGGAUGGAGGGAGAGAGGAGACCCGAGUGAACAUGAAAGCAGGGAGAGACUGUGGGAGAGAGGAGGAGGAAUGAGAGGAGGCCAUUUUCACCCUCAUCCUAAUUAUAAUCCUAACUGGCAUGAUGGAGGACCCCACAACUGGAGCCGACCUCCAAGACAGUCUAGAGGACGAUCGUGCCACAGCAGAGGGAGACACCAACUGGCUCCGAGAUGGUCGCAGCCUCCUGCACCAGGAACGUGACUUGACCCUGAACAGAUAGGAGAGAAGAGGAGGAUUAGAGGGGAGGAUUUGAGGAGUUAAGAGGAUGGGAGAGACAUGAUGAAAGGAGUGAAAGAAUCAAAUUUCUCUGAACAAACUGAUUAGUGAAUUAUCUGUCAGGAAUGUUUGUCCAAAGGAUGCAGUAGAUCGAGAAAUGGGGAUUAGGAGGAGGCAGAGUGAAGAGAUUAGGGAAUACCUCAUUUGCCAGUGAAACCUAAAUUCGUCUUUUCGUGCAUCUCAAAAUAAUCCUGUAGACGUACUAAUAAAGUCAAUCAUUUGACUUUAUCUCAGGGCAACUUACCUGUCUCAGUGUGACAGAAAAUGAACAGCACUCUUCAAACAAACACAGAAAUGAGCCACUUCAAAUGCACUGAGGAGUGGAUUAACGGUUAAUCCUCAAGCCUGUUUUUACUUCUUAUCUGUGACAAUAAAAGAGCAAAGAUCUUAAAAGCUGUGUGUCCAGUAGCAUAAUCCUUUUAAAGGACAUUUUAACUGGAGAAACAGUAAUGCUGGUAUCAGAUAUCGGCUGAAAUAGGGCAUCAGUGCAGCAGAUUUAUACACCUCUGUAAACUGAUACCAAGAGCCGUUUGUGACACGUCAAAAACAAAGUGAGGGAACUGCCUCUUUUUCCAUACAAAGAAGAACUCCAGCUGUCUGUAAUGGACGCUAAUGGAGAAACAGUUUUAACUGUUUUAUACUCAGUCUCAAAGGCAUAACCGUUUUCUUUUGAUGCUGGCGCAUUGUUUCUUAUUUGAAAUACAGGUUUAACUGAUGGUGUUUUUUUAAAGUCAGAUAUGAUUCUAAUAGUUUGGGGCAAGGAAAAGCCAAUAGUCGAUUAAUCAAGUUUACAUAUAUAAGUCACUGAUAACUGUUAAAUGAAAAUAUGUUUUUCUGAAUUUUCACAUUUACUCGUUAACAGUUAGCAGAAAAAUAAUAUUCAAUUCACUGUACUGCUUAAAGGCUACAAUCGGACCUUCCAACAAGUUUUAAGUUGGAAUCUUUUCUUGUACGUUACUCAGCACUGGAGUCGAAUCAGUCAACACUCCUUAAAUGUCAAUAUGUCAGCUUUGACCAUUCAUCUGUUUGUAUUGUCUUUCUCACAUGAUAUAUGCUUUAGUUAUGAAUGCGUCUUCAAACGCUUAAAAAAAGACGAAUUUCAACCCUAUUAUGUGAGUGCAAAUAUUCUAUUUCCUCUUGUUGUUUUGGUGCUCUGUGCCGCUGAUCAAAAGGGCAUCGAACGUGCAUGUGUGUGUGCUGCAUUGCUAAGGGAAUGUAUGGCCUUUACAGUCAGGCCGGCAGUCUUCCUGUAGCAACCUGAAUGUCGUAAAACCUCACCAGAGAGGAAAAGGAUGCAGAGAAAGUUCCACAGCCUGAGUGCUCUCAAUCCUGUGUGUGUGUGUGUGUGUGUGUGUGUGUGUGUGUGUUUGCCUACAAGCAGUGCUGUAAAGAAGUGUAAGUGAAUUUCUUACCAGAUGGAAAAAAAUGAGGGGAAGUCAGAGUGUUGAUACAGGGAUGGGACUGUGUUUGGUGUGACAGAGCUGAGAGUUACAUCAGUUUAUUCUUCAUCCAUUGGAGUUUGAUGAUCCACUCAUUAGGCAGAUACAGACUGAUAUGAGCUAUAUGUUUUAGAUGAAUUGAUGCUUAAUCUGUAUCAUUUAAUCUGGCUUGAUCUUGAAACAUGGACGCGAAAUAUUCUGGAAGAAUGACAAUCCUGGAGACUUCACUAAAUAAUAGCAUGUAUAUGUCUGUGUUUUCUGUACACUAUCCAGGUUUUGAAUCCCCCAGACUUAAAAAAAACACUCAGCACAUGGACUGUGUU